AUGACGCCCACCGCCGCCGCGUCGGUCGGCGCGCGCCCGACGCCGACCAUCACCACCGACCGACGGCUCGCACGGCCGUGCGGUGAGCAAAAAUUUGGGUCGCUGCGCGCCUGCCGGAUGCUCUGCGACGUCUGGACGCUCGCCAGAAACGCCAGGAAGCUUGCCUUCCACCCCUGGGCCCGAGGGCGAACGGCAGUGGUCGGCAGCCUCUGCGACGCUCCGAUCGGCUCCUCGACCUCAUCGCCUGCGACGAGCCAGCAUGGCUCGUCGCUCGACGGCAGCCUGCUCAGUAUGCUCUCGGCAUUCUGCCCGCAUGGCGCGCUGCUCGAUGGCAGCCUGCUCAGUAUACGCCUUGGACAGUGA